AUGGUCAAAUACAGCAAAGAAGAUGGGUUGUCCACGGAAAAAUUGGUGAAGUCCGUGAUAGUCACGGCACUGGCAGUGUUCUUCUUGUUCUCCAUUCCAUAUCACUUCUACGGCAUCUUCUUCGACCUUAGCCUUUUCAAUUUUGUGUUGGUUAUGGUGCAUAUAAUCAUUGGCUAUAACGUUGUUUGGUAUGCAAAUAGUGUUUUAUUAGAAGAGACGGACGACGAGUUAGAAUUGAAGAAAUACCAGUAA